GUUUAAAGAGUGAAUCGUCUCUCUUUCUCUCUCUCUCUCUCUCUCUCUUAUUUUGCUAAAUAUACGGCGAGAGACAGUGAUGGGAUGCACGGCGUCGAAGCUGGACGGCGAGGACGCCGUGAGGCACUGCAAGGAGAGGAGACGCCUGAUGAAAGAUGCCAUCUACGCCCGCCACCACCUCGCCGCCGCCCACUCCGACUACUGCAGCUCCCUCCGCCUCACCGGCUCCGCCCUCUCCGCCUUCGCAGCCGGCGAACCCCUCUCCGUCUCUAAAUACUCGCCCGCAGUCCUCCUCCGCCCCACCUCCUCCUCAUCCACCGCCACAGACACUGCCCGUCCGUCACCGCCACCACAAUCUCGCUUCUUUCCCUCUCCUGCCCCACCCGUCGCCACCGCCAAACUACCAAGAUCCUCUUCUCGCCGUCAUCGGAAAACAAUGAAGCUCCCUCACAUUCUCUCUGAAUCGAGCCCUUCUUUAUCUCGAUCGAACAAUUACUCCACAAACUAUACAUAUGAUUCGAAUUCGACAUAUUCUGGCACUCCAUCUCAAGCGUCAUCGGUCUGGAACUGGGACAACUUCUACCCUCCGUCGCCGCCGGGUUCGGAAUUCUUCGAAAAACUGCACAACGGCGGCGAAAAAGCCUCGAACUACUCCAACUACCGGAGUUACCACAGUUACCAGCAGAUCAAUCAUCGCCACGAAGACGAAGAAGAGACGGCGGAGAGAGAGGAGGUGCAGUACAGCGAGUGGGACGACCAUUACAACACCACGACCUCCUCCUCCGACGAGGAAGACGGAGAUUCGAGAUCGGAGGCGGAAACGCAGUCGAAUUUCGGAUCGAAAGCACCGCCUGCAGCGGCUGCGUCGAUUCACUCGACAAUGAACAAGCCUGAGAAAUUCGAGGACGGCGGCGAGAUGCUGGUCCGGCACCGUGAUCUGGCGGAGAUCAUGGCUUCGAUCCAAGAGUACUUCGAGAAAGCGGCUUCAUCCGGCGAGCAGGUCUCGGAGAUGCUCGAGACCAGCCGUGCUCAGAUGGAUCGCAGUUUCGGGCAAUUAAAGAAGACUCUCUAUCAUUCCAGCGGAAUCCUGAGCAAGUUGAGCUCGAGCUGGACUUCGAAGCCGCCGCUGGUAGUCAAGUACCGGUUUGAACCGGGCUCGGUUCAUGAGCCGGGCGGCCCAAAGAGCCUUUGUUCCACAUUGGAGCGGCUAUUGGCUUGGGAGAAGAAACUCUACCUGGAAGUUAAGGCCAGGGAGGGUGUGAGAAUUGAGCAUGAGAAGAAGUUGGCUACCUUGCAAAGCCAGGAGUACAAAGGGAAUGAAGAAGCCAAGUUGGACAAGACAAAGACAUCAAUACAGAGGUUACAGUCUUUAAUUCUGGUCACAUCUGAGGCGGUUUCCGCCGCCGCCUCCGCCAUCAUUGGCCUACGAGACGCUGAACUUCUGCCGCAGCUGGUUCAUCUUUGUCAUGGGUUUAUGCACAUGUGGAAGUCAAUGAACCAGUUCCAUGAAAUUCAGAAUCAUGUUGUGCAGCAGGUGCGUGGCCUAGUGAACAGAUCAACCAAGGCUCAGUCCACCUCUGAUCAGCACCGGCAGGCAACUCGAGACCUCGAAUCAGCUGUCUCCAUGUGGCACUCGAGUUUCUGCCGCCUAGUGAAAUUCCAAAGGGAUUUCAUCCGCUCUCUCCAUGCCUGGUUCAUGCUGACCCUCCUUCCUGUCAACAAUGAGCCAAUAACCAACAGCAACAGCAAGCCUUCUCCAGCAUUUACCUUCUGCGACGAGUGGAAGGUUUCCCUUGACCGUCUCCCCGACACAGUGGCAUCUGAAGCCAUCAAAAGCUUCAUCAACGUUGUCCAUUCGAUGUCCGUGAAGCAGUCCGAGGAGAUCAAGAUCAGGAAAAGAACCGAAUCUUCAUCGAAAGAACAGGAGAAGAAAGCUUCAGCCCUCAGGAACCUAGAGAAGAAGUACUACAAUUCAUACUCCACGGUUGGUGCUGGGAUUCCUGGUGAUGCUGGACCUGACACUGGUCAUGGACUGGAUGCUCGAGACCCGCUGGCUGAGAAGAGAUCCAAGCUUGCAGCAUCCGAAAGGCAAGUCCAAGACGAAAUGUUGAGGUACUCUAAGGCAGUAGAGGUUACUAGGGCUGUGACACUGAAUAACAUCCAGACAGGCUUGCCAGGAGUUUUCCAGGCCAUGACCAGUUUUUCUGGCCUAAUUGUGGAGGCACUUGAGACUGUUUGCAACCAUUCUUAUGCUGUUAUAUAGGUAAGCAUCUAAUGCACAUCAAUUCUAUUGCUUUUUUUUUUCUCCCUUUCCCCCCCUUUUUAUUGUGGUUUAGGGUAAGUUGGAAAUGGUAAAAGGGCUGGGAAUUUUAAGCAGUGGGCUGUCUGUUAUUCUCCGUUCUUUUCUUUUUUUGGGUCACUUUCCCUCUGUUAUACUGUUGCUGUGCUCCUCCACAUAUGUUAUGUUCUGUGGAGGAAGUUGUUGUUUGCAUCUUUGUAUAAGAUUUUCACUUUUUAGGCCAUGGAAAAGUUGUAUGAUACUAAUAAAUAGGGGCUGGAGAUUAACAAUCAGUGUUAACUGGUCGUUGAUUAGCAAUCACACACAGAAUUAUUUAGAAAGUGCCCCUAAAGACCCUCCGAUGUUUAAAUUAGAAAGUUGAUAAUGGUAUUAGAAUGCUGGGGUGAACGAUCAGUUCGAUUACCAAUUAAAAGGCUGAAAUUCAAAUAAUUGAAUUUGUGUCAAUUACCUAAUCAAACUAACUGUACAAAUAUGAAAAUCAAAAAGAUAAAAUCGAUCAAAAAAUAAAAAAAAUUGAAAAAUCAACAAAAUCAAAUAAAAAAAAAACUGAAAUGUUGAUCUAUCCAAAGGAUAGGACCCGAG